CAGAGCAGACACACAAAGGAGCCAAAAAAGGAGAGACGAGCUUGCAGUGCCGCAAUACGGAGCGAGCUCUCAGGGUUCCUUUCCGACCAUGUUGUCAGAGGCAAUCGAAUGGCUUCGCUACAUCGUGCUACUCAAGUGGCCGUACUCCAGCGAGUUCUACCUCUUUUCGCUGGUGACGUCUGCGUGCGUGAAAGCGCGUGGCAAGAGCACUAAGUUCGAAGGGUUGCUGCUGCCGAUGUUCGUGCACACCCUCAUGUGCACGACUGGUAGCGGCGUCGUUGGCCCCCUCCUCAUGAGGGACCCGCCGCUGUUCCUGAACAACGACCUGCUGGUGACGUGCAUCAUGGUCUUCUUCCUGGUCUCCGUCGUCUUCGACCCGUACGUGGUCAACUUCAUCAAAACGCCACACCUGUGGAAGGCCAUGGCUCUGCUGUCGACCACGAGCCGCAUGAACAAGAUCUGCUUCAUCGUCGACUACGCCCUCACCAAGUUCCCCCCCAGCCCGUACUACCCUAUCGCUUUGUUCGGACCCAUCAUGAUCGGGCUUGCACGUGGUAUCGGCGGAAGUCUGGUUCCCGCCGACAAAGGUCUCUCGAGCAUCAGCAAGGACCUGCCUUGGGCCGUUCAGCUCUGCUUCUCGGUGGCGACCUUUUACCACAUCGUCGCCAACGACACGUACAUCCUCGGAGGGAUGGUUCGCGGUGCCCUCGGCCUGGAGAACGCGACCCGAGAAGAUAUCCGCCUGAUCGCGGUGACCUUCGGCGUUGUCGUGACCGUGAUCCAGACGUACUACGCUCCCAAGUUCAACCCCUUCACGCCGGCACACCAGGCUACCUCACCGGCUCUCUACGCCGUAACUGGCAUGCCCAAGACGGCCAUCACGAUCGAGGUGCCCCGGAGCACUCCCUCCACUGACGCUGACAAGGCUAAGGACAACGGUGGCAACGGCGCCGAGGAGACCAAGGGCAAGGAAAAGAAGGAGGGGGAGGGGGAGGGGCUGUACGACCUCAAGACCCGCAAGAAAAUCCAGUCAUUUCUCGAAGCGCUCAAGCCGGUAGGCGUGGCUGCUGUGGCCGUCUUGGCGCUCUACUCCCGCCAACCCCCUUCGACCAUCAUCCCCGGGGUGGUCGUGAAGGCGGGCGGGUCGGGCCUGGCAUCGUGCGCCUUCUUGCCUAAGGUGCUCAGCAACGGGUGCACCCCUCUUCGGGCUGCCGUCACCGAGACGGGGUCCCUUGUGGUCUACAGGGGCAAGGAGGUCCCCGUGUUGCCGGCCGCAAAGAAGAAGGUGGAGGGUGAUGAUGGUGCCGAGGUCCUUUGGUCCUCUCCCGCUCCCAAGAAAUUGGCGGCAAGCCGGGGAUGAAGUCCAACUAGACCUGAGCGAGGACGGCAUCCUGAGCGUGAUGGCCGGCGACAAGAAGCUGUGGUCGAGCACCCUCACCGCGCUCGGGAAGCGUCUCCCGAACUUCAGAGUGGAAGCAAGGCUUGACGCAGUAAAAGGUGCCCUAGAGGUCUACAAGGGCGGACAGCUGCAGUGGAGCUCGGCGGGGGGGAAAUAGUUUUUUUUUGUCAUGACUCAAGCCCUCAUUUUGGAGUUGUGGAAGGGUAAAAGAGGCAGUUCUGCGCUGCUGCUGAGGAAGAUAGAUUGUCGACAAUUCCCCCUUUACCUUCAUAGCAUCAGGCGGUUCGGUUGUUGUUGGAAGACUCCUGUUCGAUUAUCAGGAGACUGGCCGUUAAGAUGCCGAUUAAUUUGCUUGGUCGCUUACCUCCGUGUAGCUGUGUUUUGGGAAUUAAAUUCUGCGGGUGGUGGUCCGGGCCGAUCAGUCAGUGCCCCCAUGGCGAAGAUACGCUUCAUUCGGCACCGGUAGAAUUUUGUAGUGUUGUCCCCUGACCCGUUGAUCGCAACCGGUUCCUAGUUGUAGGUGCAAACUUCAUGCGUGUCAAAUUAUUCAAGUAACCCCACACACCACCAUGAUCUUGCAUUCAGUAUUGCGGGUUGGGGCUCAAUUUUUCCAUUGGGAGGAACAAGGGCGUUGGCUCGUUGGGGUUCGGAAAUGGGCGUGCAAUGGUGUCCUGUUUUUCUGUGGUUCUGUGUCUCGCUUUUUCAUGUACUAGAUGCUCUUGACUAGAUGCUCCUGACGAGUCCCCCACGGACAUUCCUUCCAUCUGUGGGAUCGAUUUUCUCUUUAUUGUCCGGCAGUGCGCGUGCUAUUAUUAUAUUUUUAUAGCGUUCUUGACGUCUGGUACGUUGGUGGGUCGAGAGUGAAAGAUGGAACUAACCCUUGUGAUGGAAGAUCGGUCUCAUGCAUGUUAAAGCUCUCCGGGUUUGCGUAUGGUGUGGGAAGUUUUGUUCAUGCACACAUGCAAUUGCGUACGGUAUAAGCUGCACAUGUUUUGGGUGAUGGUGUGUCGCAGUUACGUGUAGGCGAGGUGUGCCAAGAAACUGCUGUUGCAGCAUACUCAAAAACAUGCUUGCUCGAUUUUGCCGGACAAGACUUUUUUCGAGUUGUUUUUGUUUUCCUGUCGUAGGGAAUAUUUUGAAACCUCAGGCAGGCACUUGUAGCACGCAAAUUGUGCGCGUGUUUAUCUUGUACUACCGGGUAUGCCGUUUGUCUAUGAUAUUCCCACGCCUUUCCUUUCUGCAUCAAGACAGCCAAGAGAUGGUCUCAGGGGGGAGGGUGAGAUUAGAAAAGUUUUGUGCUGUGUGACCCCGGAUGGAAACGCGCGCGUUUCGUGUCGUCAUGCUGGGAAAUGAACUGCUCCGGGAACAACUCAAGAGCAUGCGUGGGGCAAUUAUAAGAAAUAACCUCCCUCACUGAACACACACAUGCUCCUGGUUACAAAGCCACCAACGGCAUGUGAUUGCCUUUUGGUCGUGACGUGAGAGUUUUCAUUCUGCAGAAUGGAGAGGUGAACCACAGAUCCCGUAGAUCGGGUCGUGCCGAGGAAUUAACAUUUUCAGCGUUGGCAAGGGGCGCGGUAGCGGAUGU